CCAAAUUCAUCAGUCAUGUCUGAGGUGACUAAUACCACACAAGGUUCCUUCUACUUCAUCCUCACGGGAAUCCCUGGAUUUGAGGCUUCCCACAUCUGGAUCUCCAUCCCCUUUUUCUGCGUCUAUACCAUCUCUAUCAUAGGCAACGUCACUAUCCUCUCAGUCAUUCUCACAGAGUCAUCUCUCCACCAGCCCAUGUACCUUUUUCUAUCGAUGCUGGCUCUGACUGACCUGGGCCUUGUGCUUACCACCCUGCCCACAGUCAUGCAGCUCCUCUGGUUCAACAUUCAGGAAAUCAGCUUUGAGGCCUGCUUUGUCCAAUUCUUUUUCCUUCAUGGAUUCUCCUUUAUGGAAUCUUCAGUUCUGUUAGCCAUGUCCUUUGACCGCUAUGUGGCCAUUUGUCGUCCACUCCAUUAUGCCUCCAUCCUCACCAAUGUGUUCAUCGCUAAAAUUGGGUUAGCCAUCAUUUGCCGCUGUGUCCUGGCUGUUCUUCCACCUCUUUUCCUGCUCAAGCGCCUGCCCUUCUGUCACUCCCACCUUCUGUCUCACUCCUACUGCCUCCACCAGGAUAUGAUUCGCCUGGUCUGUGCUGACAUCCGGGUCAACAGCUGGUAUGGAUUUGCUCUUGUCCUGUUCAUUAUUGUAAUGGACCCUCUGCUCAUUGUGCUUUCCUACACACUCAUCCUCAAGAAUGUCUUGGGCACAGCCAUCUGGACAGAGCGAUUCCAUGCCCUCAAUAACUGUCUGUCACACAUUCUGGCUGUUCUGGUCCUUUAUGUUCCCAUGGUUGGUGUAUCUAUGACUCACCGCUUUGCCAAGCAUGCCUCUCCACUGGUCCAUGUAAUCAUGGCCAAUAUUUACCUUCUGGCGCCUCCUGUGAUGAAUCCCAUCAUUUACAGUGUAAAGACCAAGCAGAUCCGCCAGGGAAUCUUCCACCUCCUUUCUCCCAAAAAUAUGCACUUAUCAUGA